CAGUUCAGAACAAUGGCUGCCCUCCUUCGCGCCUCCUCUCGCACCGUCUCCAAGGCUCUCGGCGACCAGACCCGCGGCUACAAGGUCGCGGUUCUCGGCGCCGCCGGCGGCAUCGGCCAGCCCUGCGGCCUCCUCAUGAAGAUGAACCCCCUCGUGACCGAGCUCUCCCUGUACGAUAUCGCGGGCACCCCCGGCGUCGCCGCCGACGUCUCCCACGUCAACACCGGCGCCCAGGUCAAGGGUUACGCCGGCGACGCCGAGCUCGGCGCGGCGCUCAAGGACGCCGACGUGGUCAUCAUCCCCGCGGGCGUUCCCCGCAAGCCCGGCAUGACCCGCGACGAUCUCUUCAAGAUCAACGCGGGCAUCGUCGCGGGCCUCACCGAGGCGUGCGCCGCGCACUGCCCCAAAGCCAUGAUCAACAUGAUCUCCAACCCCGUCAACUCCACCGUGCCCAUCGCCGCGGAGAUUCUCAAGAAGAAGGGCGUGUACGACCCCAAGAAGCUCUUCGGCGUCACCACCCUCGACGUCGUCCGCGCCAAGACCUUCUACGCCGAGAAGAACGGUCUGGAGACGGCCAAGGUUGACGUCCCCGUGGUUGGCGGUCACGCGGGCAUCACCAUCCUCCCGCUCCUCUCGCAGGCGACGCCCGCGGUGGCGAUGACCGACGACGUCAUCGACGCGCUCACCAAGCGCACCCAGGACGGAGGUACCGAGGUCGUCGCCGCCAAGGCUGGCAAGGGCUCCGCGACUCUCUCCAUGGCGUACGCCGGAGCGCUCUUCGCGGAUGCGUGCCUUCGCGCUAAAAACGGCGAGGCCAACGUGGUGGAGUGCACCUACGUCGAGAGCACAGUCACCGAGGCGCCCUUCUUCGCGACCAAGGUGACGCUCGGCAAGGAGGGCGUGGAGAAGAUCCACGGCCUCGGCGAGCUCUCCGCGUACGAGCAGAAGGGGCUCGACGCGAUGAUGCCCGAGCUCAAGGAUUCCAUCAACAAGGGUGUCGAGUUCGCCAAGAGCAUGUAAACUGCCCGAGCGACGCUCACACUUACACAUCAAGAACACGAUCACGGUGGUUCACAUAUAUAUUAUUUUGUCUGUCCUAAUUUCCAUACGAGCACACACCACGAACG